CUGAGGGGCCCAGACACAAACUUAGCCCGGUGGGCCCCCACAAUCGCCUUGGCCAGAUCGCUGCAAGGGAAGGAAGCCCAGCCAGCCGACCUUCCACACGGAUUCCCCUGCGUCCGUCUCUGUCCGAGGGUCGGUGGGUCUGCAGAGUCGGCUGGAGGCCCUGUCCUCUGGGUACUCUAUGGGAGGCUACAUCAGACUGAUGGCGGUGAAGACUGGGCCGUCGGGCCUGACGGUGUGGCUGUCGCGCUGGGCCGCGGCCCGCAGCUCCUAUCGCGCCUUCUGCAAGGGGCUCACGCGCACGCUGAUCACCUUCUUCGACCUGGCCUGGCGGCUGCGCAUGAACUUCCCCUACUUCUACAUGGUGGCUUCGGUGGUGCUCAACGUCCGCCUGCAGGUACAUAUUUAGCGCAGCUACCUUUGUGGCAGUCACGGGCCCCCGGCAGGAUGGCUGACUUCCACCCACCAGCUCACCUGCCCCAGAGCAAAGCGACCAGCUCGGCUCGCGCACGCAAACUUGCCUGCCUGUCUAUCCCGUGCCUCAUCUUUUAAUGUAAUUGAGCGGUUAGAAAUUAUUGUUUGCGGAAAGCCUUCAAUAUAACCAAAAAACCUAAGAUAUAGCGAAAAGAUGACUCUCAAGAAAAGAGAUAAUUCAAGGAACAGAAAAGAACUUAAAAAUAUGAAAUCCUCAGAAAUAUCUGAGAAAUUCUUGCAUCCACAAAACAAAAACCCCCACGAGUUUUAGGAAAUGACAAUGGGAAGAGGAUGCCAUAAGGGAAAAAAAUUAAAGAGGAAAGGUUACUAACAUCUCAAAGAUUAACUGUACAUGAAUGGUCCAAAUAGGAGGCCGAUUCCCAAAUUUGAAUAAGAAGUGAAUAGAGUUCCAACUGAAUAGAAUGACUUCUAAGCAAUAGACGGAUGGCGUUAAAAGCUGGCGGAAAUUAAUAACGUGAUCUGGAGGUCAUACAUGUCUUCAUCCCUAAAGAAAAAACAACGGUAAACAGCAACUACAGGGAAACAAACAUUUCAAACUGUACAAGGAAAGCAUGCUUCAAAUAUGAAGCAACCUGAGAUCUGAACUGGUUUUUGUAAAAGGGGAAUCGGCUUGAACUUUUGCACAUGGAUAAGACUGCAAUCACAGAUAAGAGAAUCCAACCAUAACAUUCAACUUUGCUAUUCACUGAACAGUAUUUGAGCAUUACAAUGGAAAUAUUAGUUACGGUUUUCCAUCUUUAUAGUAAAUCUCUAGGCAAAGCAGGGAA